ACAUAACUGGACCAAAACUAAAUCGGAUUAAUUUCUAAGUUGCCAAACUGACCCUUUGAUGGAGAUUAAGAACCAGUUUGGGUUGAGUAUAUAUAAAUACAGCAGUUGGCUUUCUAAGAGAGGACACAGAGCCAAUUUAAUCAAUACAUAGCAUGGAAAAUCAAAGAAGAAAUAAUCAAGAGAUGGCUGCUUCAAGUCUCUUUUUUUCUCCAGCCACUAUUCUGGGCCUUCUUCUUCUUUUCUCUAUUGGGUCAAGUGUUGAAGGAGUUCUCUUCUCAAAACUCAAACAGACUCUCAUAGUCACUGCAUCUCCCAACCAUGGCCAAGUGCUAAAAGCUGGAGAAGACAAGCUGACUGUCUCAUGGGCAUUAAACAGUACAGUCUCCGACUCCUCCUACAAACAAGUGAAAGUCAUUCUAUGCUAUGCUCCAGUGAGCCAAAAAGACCGCGGGUGGAGAAAGACAGUCGACGACCUCAGCAUAGACAAAACCUGCCAGUUCGAUAUAAUAACCAAACCCUACACAAAAUCCAAGACCACAUUCGAGUACAUGGUCAAGCGCAAUGUGCCAACAGCUACAUACUUCAUCAGGGCUUACGUUCUUGAUUUUAGUGAAAAUGAAGUGGCCUAUGGACAAACAACUGAUGCGGCUAAGACUACCAAGUUUUUUGAUAUAAUUGGCAUAUCAGGCCGAACCGCUUCACUUGAUAUUGCUGCAGGUUGCUUCUCUGCAUUCUCUAUUUUGUCGCUGGUCUAUUUCUUUGUGAAGGAGAAGAGGAUGGCUAAGAAAUGAUACUUGUUGUUUGGGUAGUCAUAUUUGCUUCAAUAAGCUAUUACUUGUGUUAUUGUGAUAUACAGAGAGCUUAAUUGGUGAAGAAUGAGCGAAGCAAGAUAUGUACUUUUGUUUCAGAAUGGGUUUUAUUUUAAAAGAAAG